AUGGGAUUGACAUUUUCCUCACUGUAUGAGUCUCUGUUCUGGUGGAGACGCCAGGCACCCAUGCGCAUUCUCAUGCUGGGUCUCGAUAGUGCAGGCAAAACGACCAUCCUGUACAGACUCCAGCUGGGGGAAGUUAUUUCCACCAUACCGACGAUUGGAUUCAACGUCGAGACAGUUGAGUACAAAAAUAUCCAGCUUCAAGUGUGGGACUUGGGCGGUCAGUCGAGCAUUCGCCCGUAUUGGCGAUGCUAUUACGCUGACACAUCGGCUAUUAUCUAUGUUGUAGAUGCAUCUGACCAAGAGCGUCUGCCGACUGCGCGUGCAGAACUCUUAGCUAUGUUGGCAGAAGAAGAGCUUGCUAAAUGCAAGCUGCUUGUAUUUGCGAAUAAGCAGGACCUGCCGAAUGCUUUGGACGAAGUCCAGAUUGGUAAAGCAAUUGGCUUGGACGAACUACGCGACCGGCAGUGGAGUAUUUGGCGCUGCUGUGCCAAGGAUGGUACCGGCUUACAAGAAGGCCUGGAUUGGCUUGUUGACGCACUGCGUGCGAACCCGUAA